AUGGCGUCAUCGACGGCAACUCCAAUCGCCAGCCUCAAGCGAAAGUACACCACAGAAACCGAUUCCGAAGACGACGAAUUUGCCGUGAGUCAGGCAAAGCGACACAAGGUCGCAUUCGACCCCGCGGUCGAAGUUCGCAUCCUGGAAGAUUACGAUGAGAAGGGCCUGGAGCUCGUACGCGAGGAAGUGAAACGCGGCAUAGAGAAGCACGUAGCAGGCGAUAGCGCUGGAUACGACCAGAUCAAGCAACUCUUCACCACCAAACCCACUGCCUCAGAUGCUCCAUCGACCAAGCUGCUGUCAAAAUAUGUGGUUGCGCUCAUCAGCAAUGUGAGCCUGCUCAACAAGAACUGCUCCGGGCUCGUUCACGCGAUACUGGACUGUCAGUGGUUGACACGCGACGUGUCAUUCAAGACGCUCUACAUCACUCUUUUGGGGAGCUUGAUGUCGGCGCAUGGUGGCUACACCGCGCAGGUUCUUCAAAUGCUCGUGAAGUACUUUAUUGAACUACCAUCUCCCAACAUCCGCCAUGCAUCCGACCCUGCGAUAAAGCGUCUGCAACUGAGGCAACGUGUUCACCAGUCUCUGAAGCACUUACUUAAGCUUAUUCCUUCCGCAAGUGGCGUACUUUCGGGUAUUCUGGCAACUGCUUUCCCGUUCUCCACGGACACUUCAAAAGCACAUAUCGAUUACAUCCAAAACAUGCUUGACCUGACAGCAUACGCGCCGGAGCUUAAAGGCGCCGUCCUCGCAUUGAUAACUGAGCGGCUCGUCAAGAUAGACGUCCAAAUUCAGGUCGAUAUGGAGGAUCUCGAAGAAGAUAUCGAGGAAGACCUGGUACAAGAGGUCAUGGCGAAGAAGAUGGGCGACGAAACAGACGACGAAGAUGAGGCGGAUCCUGAUGACAGCGAUAAUGAAUCCGUAUCGAGCGAGGACAGCAUCGCCGACGAUGAGAAGCGCAUCAAGGACCUCAAGGCGUCUGUCAGCAAGAUGGAUUCCAUUCUCGACAUUCUCUUCGAAUACUACCAUCAAAUCUUCGUCAAGAGCACCGUUGUCGAUGCUGAGGAGACCUUUGAGCUUCUGCUAUCCCAGUUUGCCAACACAAUCCUCCCGACAUACCGCUCGCGCCAUACUCAGUUUCUCCUCUUUCACUUUGGACAAACGUCGCCUGUCCUUAUCGAUAGGUUCGCUGGUGCCUGUGCCCAUCUGGCUUUCGACAAAACUCGUCCACAAAUCAUGCGUCUCGCGGCGGCUGCAUACUUGGCUAGCUUUAUCGCUCGCGGUGCGCAUGUUCCCGCGUCCACUGUCCGCGACGUCUUCGAUAUUCUGGGUCGCCACCUCGACCACUUCAGAUAUACGCAAGAGGCAAACUGCAAGGGUCCCGACCUCCGGCGCUAUGGCGGCUACUACGCACUGGCGCAGGCACUACUCUACAUCUUCUGCUUCCGCUGGCGGGAUCUUAUCAUCAGUAACACAGACCAGUACCCGGAUGACGAGGACAUUCUGUACGAAGGCGGCGAGGUGACAUGGAGUCCUGGCAUCAAGGAAAUCAUGACACGCAACAUCUAUUCCAAGUUCAACCCUCUGAAGGUGUGCUCGCCGGCCAUCGUCACGCAAUUCGCUCGUAUUGCACACCACCUCCGCUUCGUCUACGUCUACCCGCUCCUGGAGACGAACAAACGGCUGCGUCUGGCGCGCUCCAUCACCUCUGCCAUGAUGUACGGCGGCCUGCAAGAGCGAGAAACCGCGCUCUCGGUCAAGAGCAACGAAAGCGCCCUGCAACUGGACGCAUACUUCCCCUUCGAUCCGUACAACCUGCCACGCAGCAAGCGAUGGGUCGAGGGCGACUAUAACGAGUGGAAGAGUAUCCCUGGCCUCGACCAGGAGAACGAAGAGGACAGUGACUCCGAGUCACAAAUUGACGAGUCUGACGACGAAGAGAGGUACGAGGAGGGCACUGCCACCGAGGUCAGCGGAUGA